AUGACAGCACGGCACAGCAAGUCCUAUCCAGACACGGCGGUUGCCGAUGCUGCGACCAGCUUCCUCCGAGCGGCACGAUCAGGGAACCUGGACAAAGCUCUAGACCAUCUAAGGAAUGGUGUGGAUAUUAAUACCUGCAACCAGAAUGGGUUGAAUGCCUUACAUCUGGCCUCUAAGGAGGGGCAUGUAAAAAUGGUGGCUGAGCUAUUGCACAAAGAAAUUGUGCUGGAAACAACAACCAAGAAAGGGAACACGGCUUUACAUAUUGCUGCUUUGGCCGGGCAAGAUGAUGUCGUGCGGGAGCUGGUGAACUUUGGGGCAAAUGUCAAUGCACAAUCACAGAAAGGCUUCACGCCCCUGUAUAUGGCCGCCCAAGAGAAUCACCUGGAAGUUGUCAAGUUCUUGCUGGAAAAUGGUGCUAACCAAAACGUAGCCACAGAGGAUGGCUUUACUCCCUUGGCAGUGGCUCUCCAGCAGGGCCACGAAAAUGUGGUGGCCCACCUGAUUAACUACGGGACGAAGGGGAAGGUGCGCCUCCCGGCGUUACACAUAGCUGCCCGCAACGAUGACACGCGAACAGCUGCCGUGCUUUUGCAAAACGACCCCAACGCCGAUGUCCUUUCCAAGACUGGCUUCACCCCUCUUCACAUCGCAGCACAUUACGAGAAUCUCAACGUGGCCCAGCUUCUACUCAACCGUGGAGCAAGCGUCAACUUCACCCCCCAGAAUGGCAUCACCCCACUGCACAUCGCCUCUCGACGCGGCAACAUCAUAAUGGUGCGGCUGCUGCUUGACCGGGGAGCAAACAUCGAGGUUUGCACCAAGGAUGAAUUGACCCCAUUACACUGUGCCGCCCGCAACGGGCAUCUGCGAAUUGCUGAAAUCUUGCUAGAUCACGGAGCACCCAUCCAAGCAAAGACCAAGAAUGGCCUCUCCCCCAUCCACAUGGCCUCCCAAGGUGACCACUUGGACUGUGUGCGGCUUCUGCUGCAGUAUAACGCCGACAUUGAUGACAUCACAUUGGACCACUUGACCCCGCUGCAUGUGGCUGCCCACUGUGGCCACCACCGUGUGGCCAAAAUCCUGCUCGAGAAGGGAGCCAAGCCUAAUGCGCGGGCCCUGAACGGCUUCACUCCACUCCACAUAGCCUGCAAGAAGAACCACAUCAGGGUGAUGGAGCUUCUUUUGAAGACGGGGGCCUCCAUCGACGCAGUGACGGAGUCGGGACUCACUCCUCUUCACGUGGCCUCCUUCAUGGGGAACCUUUCUAUUGUCAAGAUCUUGCUCCAACGGGGAGCAUCUCCCAAUGUUUCCAACGUGAAAGUAGAGACACCCCUCCACAUGGCUGCUCGGGCCGGGCACAGUGAGGUAGCCAAGUAUCUUCUCCAGAACAAAGCCAAGGUCAACGCCACAGCUAAGGACGAUCAGACACCCCUGCACUGUGCCAGCCGCCUCGGACACUGCGCCAUGGUGAAGUUGCUCCUGGAGAGCGGCGCCGAUGCUAACCUCUCCACAACUUCUGGACAUACGCCGUUGCACAUCACGGCCCGUGAGGGGCAUCUGGAUUGUGUUUGUGCUCUCCUGGACAAAGAGGCAUCCCAAACUGCCAUGACUAAG